AUGUUAGCUAGUGGAAAAGUACUGGUUACUGGUGGAAAUAACAAUGGAGGAGUUCUAAACAGCGUUGAAUUGUAUGAUCCAUCAACAAAUGUGUGGACAGCUACUGGUAGUGUAAACUAUCAUCGAGCUUAUCACACGGCGACUUUGUUAACAGAUGGAAGAGUGUUAAUCGCUGGUGGCUCUAAUAAUAUUGGUUAUUUGAAUAGCGCUGAGAUAUAUGAUCCCUCAACUGGACUAUGCACAAUUACUGCCAAUAUGUGA